AUGGAGACAACUAUAACCACAGUCGUGCCUACAAUCUCCAAAAAACCACCAGCAGGCACAAUUGGAUCACUUCCGGACGAGAUAUUGGCCGAUAUCUUUAUACAUUACGUUCGAAGCCAUCCGACAAAGGGAUUACAACGUCCAGCACAGCGAACCAAGUUUCGUGUGGAGGCCCAAAUUGACAGCCCGAAUAACCCCAUUCUCCUGGGAUGGGUCAGCUCUAGAUGGAGGACUAUUUCUCUGCGCACCGUGAAGCUGUGGUCUACAAUCGUGGUGGGAGACCCGUUGCCGCGUGACGUGCCAAUCUUCAAGCUCUGGAUCGAGCGCUCAGGAGAAGCCUUGCUGGGCCUCACUCUUUCGCGGUACAUUUUCGACAAGCACGAUUCCAUCAGGUACUCCGAGGAUGCUACUGCAUUCAAAGCCAUCCUUUCGGCCGCCGUUGCUGAGUGCAUGAGAUGGAGGACCGUUACCAUUAAGGUGGUGGAAGAGACGUUCUACACUACAUCCCUGGCGCUGCCAAACCUCGAAUCCAUCGAGUUCGAGUACCUGGCCAUGGGUCUUCAUACAUUCAAGAGACGGCUUUUCGAACGCGCAUUUACUUCCCCCGUUCUUCGAACCAUCUCCCUCGACGAUAGCUGCUUCAAUCCCAGCUGGAUAACCGGGCCUGCAUGGAACACCUUGAGAAAUAUCGAAUUGAAGACCAUUCACACCGCUCGUUUGUUGAAGGUGCUGAGAAUCUGCCAUACAAUAGAACGAGUUCGUGUGGAGUGGAUCUUCCUUUCGUCCAAGCUUCCCGCUGAGCCUGUGACGGCGCCAACCCUCCAGUCCCUUCACGUCGCACAGGUCCACCGGUAUCCCCAAUUCCUUGACCGCCUCAUUCUUCCCUCUCUUGUCGACCUCAAGAUAUCAGUGGAGAGAAGCGACGAGGACGCUCCCCCACCCGACGUCUAUCCCGAUACUUAUAGGAAGAAUCCACCUAUCUGGCAAGCAAUCGAAGCUUUUGUAGAACGGUCGAAGUGCCAGCUCGAGUCGUUCGGAUUUGGCUAUGCCGACGAUCAAUCAUGUCUUUAUGAAAUAGGCUCCAAGGUCCACUUACCCAUCUUUUCGAAACUUCGGCGACUUUGCCUCACCUCGAAAAUCUCGGACGUCACCGUGGCCAAUUUGACGUUCAGUGAUGUUUCGCAACCCCUGCCUCUCCUCGAAGAUUUGGAGUUGACUACCUGUGAUACGACAGAUGGCGCCCUGGCGAAGAUGGUCCUCAGUAGGAUGAACUCCACGGAUUCGCGCCUGAAAAAGGUCAAGGCUUAUUUUGGAAAAGGAGACGACCCGCAAGAGCGCACGGAGGACUUGGGUUUAGAGCAGAAGCUGGGACAGAGAAUUGAGCUAGAGCUCGCUGUAUGCGAAGAGUAUGUCCCCGGAGAAGGUUAUGUUCGCGAUUAG